UUUGUUUUGAUUUUUUUAAAGCUCAAACCUCUUGAUAAAAAUGAUAAAAUGACUUAUGUUUCUCGCGUCAACCAAUUGGAUGCCCUUCAACUCGACAAAGCCAUCGACGAGAUCCUUCUGAAGCAACAACUGAAAAUCUGCAGCGGAUUAGAUAACAAAUUAGCGCCUUAUCAGCGUCACUUGGAGUUUAUCACAAGCAGCGCCCUUUGGUAUUAUUGCUUCAAAAAAUUCCAUGCAACCGCAGGACAACAACUUCUCUCCUUGGAAUACGAUCAAAAGCAGUUCGGGACAAAAACUUACCUCGCUCAUUACUUGCUGACAGUUUUCAUUCCAAAACUGCACAAAUUCAAGGUCGAAACGACGGGCAUUGGAACAGAAAGUCGCACCGAAAAGUUGCUUUAUUGGACUGAAAAUUGCUAUUUAUUCUUCAAAUUGUGGAUUUUCUUCCGUUUUUGCCAAGAUGGGAAACGACCGACAGUGACAGACAAUCUUUGUGGCAUCGAUUUGAGCAGCAAAGACAUAAGAAGGACAAUUUCUUAUGGAUACAUGAACCGCGAAUUGCUUUGGAAUGGAUUUUUUGAAUUUCUCUUGCAUGCAUUGCCAAUGAUCAACUUUCAUGUCAUCAAAAAUACCUUCAGAAAAUUCAUGUGGCGCGGAAAAGUCAAUGAAACAGAGGAAAUUGAGCCCGAAUUCGACGUUGAUACGGUUUGUGUGUAUUGCGAAGAGCGUCCUUCGUUGCCUCAUCACUUUGGAUGCGGGCAUAUUUAUUGUUAUUAUUGCGUUGCGGGCAAUAAAUUGACUGAUAAUGGGUUUUGUUGCGUCAAAUGUGGUCGAAGUGCAAUAAAUAUCAGAGCUUUAUGAG